CAUCGUAUAUUUAUUCCCCUCCAUUUCCAAAUCUCCAUGCAACAAAACAAAGUAAAUCAGAGUCUCAGAAGAGUUUCACCAAUUCAUGCAAGCUAAAAUUCCUCUUACAUUGCCGCACCUAUUGACUUAGCGACAGACUCGCCAUCACCACUGAAAAAUGUUGCCGUUCAAUACAGUCGAGGAGGCUGCCACAUUCAUGGGACGGAACCUGACGGUGGCCGAGACGCUGUGGUUCAAUUACUCGGCUAAAAAAUCGGAUUACUUUCUCUACUGCCACAAUAUCUUGUUCCUGUUCCUGAUAUUUUCCUUGGUCCCUUUGCCUCUCGUACUCGUCGAGCUGAUGAGAUCUCUGGGAUUCGACAAGUACAAGAUUCAACCCAAAGUUAGCCUGUCGUUGUCUGAGAUGUUCCAGUGUUAUAAGGAUGUUAUGCGGAUGUUUGUUCUUGUCGUGGGUCCUUUGCAGUUAGUGUCUUAUCCUUCAAUUAAGAUGAUCGGGAUUCGAACAGGGCUGCCAUUGCCAUCACUAUGGGAGAUUGUGGCACAGUUGACUGUAUAUUUCAUGAUAGAAGAUUAUACCAACUACUGGAUUCACCGUUUCCUCCAUGGUAAAUGGGGCUACGAGAAAAUUCACCGGGUCCACCAUGAAUACACCGCUCCAAUCGGCUUUGCCGCACCGUAUGCGCACUGGUUGGAAGUUUUGAUCCUCGGGAUUCCAUCUUUUCUCGGGCCGGCAAUUGCUCCAGGGCAUAUGAUAACGUUUUGGUUAUGGAUAGCUUUCCGGCAAAUCGAAGCUAUUGAGACACACAGUGGAUAUGACUUCCCUUGGACUCCCACGAGGUUUAUCCCGUUUUAUGGUGGCGCAGAUUACCAUGAUUAUCAUCACUACGUUGGAGGACAAAGCCAGAGCAACUUCGCUUCAGUCUUCACUUAUUGUGAUUAUAUCUAUGGCACCGACAAGGGCUAUCGAUUUCACAAGAAGGUCCUAAAGAAGUUGAAAGAGGGAUCUAAAAAGGGCGGUGCUGAAAACGGAGGCUCAUACUAUUAUCCUAAUCAAGAUCUUAAAUCAGAAUAGCAGGUUGUCGAUGGAGCGAAUCUCUCGAGCAGCCUCUUCGGUCUACCUUCCGGAUCGCUUGUGACAACUCCGAGCAAUUCUGAUUUCAGUUGACAUUAUCGUUAGUAUGAUAAAAAGUGAUUCAGAUUGAUAGUAGUAACUUGGCCUAGUGAUUUUGUGGGUAGCUUGGAAAGAGAGAUCAGUUCUAGUCUUUAUUAGUUAGGG